GCUGAUUUUGUUUUUCAUCACACAGUUAAUUCCAGGCACCGCUUCGCCAUUUCGUCGAACACAUUGCAGGUCGCACCCGCCCUUCAGCGAUGGCCUCCUCCCUGGCCGCUCGCCGCCUCCUCUCCCACGCCGCCGCCGCCCGACGCGUUCUGUCCUGCGCUUCCCCGGUGCCUUCUUCCCCCUCUUUCCGCCGGCUCGCCACCGACGCCUCGCCACCGACGCCUCUUCCGCCGCCGCCUCUGCAGCCCACAGUCGAUCCGCCCAAGUCGGAGGGCGCCUCCUCCUCCGACGGCGCUGGCGCUGGAGGGGCCUACCAGGCGGGACACGGAGCUGCAACGGGGAGCCGCCGCCCGGGCGGUGCGGGGUACGAGGAAGAGCAGGAGAAGGUUCUCCGCGCGUCGCUGCUCCACGUGCCGAGGAUGGGAUGGAGCGAGUCGGCCAUGAUCCAGGGGGCAAGGGACGUGGGCGUGUCGCCAGCCAUCGUCGGUGCCUUCCCAAGGAAAGAAGCCGCGCUCGUUGAGUUUUUCAUGGAUGACUGCCUUCAACAACUCAUAGACCGUGUUGAUGCUGGUGAGGGAGAGCAAUUGAAGAACUUGAUACUCAGUGAGAGACUCUCCAGACUUGUUCAGUUGAGGCUUGAAAUGCAGGCACCUUACAUAUCAAAGUGGCCUCAAGCUUUGAGUAUCCAGUCUCAACCGGCAAACGUCUCAACAAGCUUAAAGCAGAGAGCAGUCCUUGUUGAUGAGUUUUGGCAUGCUGCUGGAGAUGGUGGAUCUGAUAUUGAUUGGUAUGUGAAACGUACUGUGCUUGGUGGUAUCUACUCAACUUCAGAGCUGUAUAUGUUAACUGAUAAUUCUCCAGAGUUUCGUGACACAUGGACAUUUGUCAGUCGCCGCAUCAAAGAUGCUCUUGAUCUUGGGAAAUCUUUUAAGGAGGUUACGUAUCUAGCUGAAGCCAUGGGAGCAGGCAUGGGUGGCUCCAUACAGGGUGUCCUGAACAAGGUUUUCCAGAAAUGAACAGGCGCAUGGACAUGUCUUUGCAGGUUGCAUUGGAUAUCUUUUGUUCUAACAUUUCCGCUAUCACUUUGUUAAUGUCGCGUUAAGAUUCUCUGCGAUGUACUGUAUGUAAGUAUCUGGUUUUGUCGAAAUAAGUGUUGUGAGGAUAGACGUAAAUGGAAAACUGUUUACUUGUUAGUCAGUUUGAGUUGUUAAUUAGACACUGUCGCGUGAUUC